GAAUCAAACUGCGCUGCAAGGGCCUGCUUUCGGCUGUUGGAUUUCUUUGUUUUUAUUUUUAUAAAUUAAUGUAACUUAAUCCGUGUGAAAAAAAUACUACAAUCAUGAAAAAGGGAUACAAGGUUACUGAUGUGAAGAGAGAAAAGAAAAUUGGCGUCGCGGCUGAAAAUCUGGAAGAGUUGAUCGAGAAAUCCUGCAAAAAGUUAGGCUUCAAUGUCAGCUGCGCAGAAUGCCGGCUAUGUGUGGCGGAGGACGGGACGCACGUCGACGACGACGAGUACCUGGCCACGCUGCCUCCGCAAACACUCUUUAUACUAUUGAAAAAUACUGAAAAAAUGGUCACUGACUUUGACUACUACUAUGAUUUGAUCCGGUCACAAAAGAAAGAGUACAUAGAAACUGGGGCUGCAGCUAAAGAGUUCCUUAGCACCAACAUUAAGGAGAAGUUCAAGGUGUUCCAGAGGUACAUUCAGGCUGCUGAUGAUGCCAAGACCAUGCUUAGUGAGAGGGCUCAGGACCCUGACUGGUUUGAAGGACUAGAACCAUCAGAGAAAACGAAAGAGCAGUCGAUGUCCAAACGCGUUAAAGAACGAAUGCGAGGAUACUACUACAAGACAAAGUCUGCUCUCCAGGCUUCCGACGUCUACAUACACUCAAAGAAUGGCCGAGGUAAGAAGCUCAUAGACCAGUUCUUAACAGAUCUGCGUAACAUUCUCGAGUCUCACAAAUACAACGAGACUUACUUCAACCGCAAAGCAAACAAAAACGCGCGCAUUUGUGACGAGAGCGGCCUGUUCCAAUGCGGCGGCCUCUGGAGCACCGACAAGUGUCUCUACGAAGGCGAGCACGUCAUCAAUCCCUACAGGAGCCGCGAGGAACGCAUCAUAUUCCAAACAUGGAAUCUCGACCAUAAGAUUGAGCUAUCAAGGUCCAUAAUCCCGAAAAUUCUCCAAGCGAUCGACGGCUUGUACAGCGGUGACAUUAAAUGUAUUUCAUGUGAUAGGGAUUCGAAGGUAGGCGGCAUCGAAGCCGAUAGGUAUUACUUGCAAAUAUUUACGCGCGAAAACCUAAAGCUGGUACACAUUGUGUGCCAUUACAAAGGCAAGCAUGACGCCGAGUCGGGCGUGUACACUCUGUGCAAGAAGUGCUUUGGCGGCCAAAGUAUUGAAUAUAAGUAAGAGAUGUUUCUAAAAAGCGUUCAAUACACAUUCGGGAUUUAGACAAGUAUUUUGUGAAGCGAGAAAAAUUGCCCAGUCCUUAAGAUUUAUGAGCGUUAUUGUACUUGCUCGGAGUUUAAUACAAGCCUGACAAACGCAACUGUGGCCUGAUAAUAAUUUAUUUUCUCGUAUGAAAUAUGUUCUCUGAAUACUGAAUUUGUAAUUGAACACAUAGCUGCAAUAUUUUUUCAAACAAAGUAUAUUUCUAUUCAUAUGUUAUAUUGUAUUGUAUGCUAUAAUAUACAUAUGAUAUUUUUUUCGCAACCUGUGAUAGAAUGAAAUCUUGUUGCGUUGUUAUCUUGCAUCGCCUUAUUUGAUUGCUAUUUUGAUAUUUCUUAUACUUUAUUAUAUUUUUUACCAAAGAUCAUGGGAUAAUAAUAAUUUAUAAUACAAUUGCGAAAGCGCAGUAUAUUUCAAAACUAAACUCCAAUAGAAUCGAUGUCGGAUAAUAAAAUCAGUAGCUACAAAAGAUUUUUAUACCGAGCUUGAGAAAAACAAAUUAAACUUUUUAUUGGAUAUUUUGUAUUCUACAACAUCGCAAUGUUCCCCGGCUUAUAGUUUGUCCGGGCCUGCUUAGCAUAUCGAAAUUGGUGUACUUUGUAAAAUUGUCCACGACAUCUUAAACUCGUGUUUUUAUUUUAAAGACUUCGUUUCAGUAGAUAUUUUUUUACGCAAGUUUCAUGAAUUAUUCAUAUUAUCUUUAAGUAGGUAUGUAUAGCUAAAUAUAUUUUUAUUUGCAAUGUUUAUUUAGCAAUGAAACGGCUAUGUUCACUAGAAA